GAUGGAAUGAAUAUGUGCAUGUUUAUGCAAAACACCUUAACCAGACUUACGAGGUUGCCUUUGAUCAGUGUUGCACUAGUCCAAGGAAGAGCUGUCGGAGGAGGAGCAGAACUUACCACAGCAUGUGAUUUCAGGUUGAUGACGCCUGGGAGUGAAAUUCGGUUUGUCCAGAAGCACAUGGGUCUGGUGCCAGGCUGGGGAGGAGCUGCCCGGCUGGUGCGGAUUGUGGGCAGCACAGCUGCCCUCCGGCUGCUGAGUGGGGCUGCCAGGGUGGACCCCAAGAAAGCUUUGUGUCUUGGGCUCUCCGAGGAGACGCUCUCAUCUCCAGAUGAAACCGGAGCAUUAGAAGAAGCCCGAGCCUGGCUGAGUCAGUACACAGAGGGUCCAGCCAGUGUGAUUCGGGCUGUGAAAGCAGUGGUGACCGCAGGAAGAGAGCUGCCACUGGAAGCUGCCCUAAGGACAGAGAAGGACAUUUUCGGCACUGUAUGGGGUGGGCCUGCCAAUUUGGAAGCAUUGGUUAGAAGACCAAAACAUAAAUGA